AUGGCGGGAUACGCACCACCCCUAUUUUAUGGAAAAGCUGGAGAAGAUCCUGAAGAAUGGAUUAGAGAUUUUAGGCAAUAUUGUGAAGCAUCUGGACUUGAUCCACUUGCGGAUGCUCGAACCAGAGUAAGAAUUCACGGAUUUUUUGAGACUUGUUUGAAAGGUGAUGCAAAAGAUUGCGAUAAUACCAACUUGGCCAAUCUUGGAGCUAUUAAUGGAUUAGCUAACAAUAAUGCAUUGCGCAAUAUUAAUGCUAACCAGUUUAGAGGUGGAGCUCUUCAAAUAAGAAAUACAGUUCCAGCCGACAACAAUACAAUUGCUAUACCAUUAGUGCCAGCACAUACUGUUUUCGAUAAAGAUUGGUCAAUAGCUGGUGGACAACCAACAGAUUUAGCUCCCAAUGCCCCCAAUGCUAAUGCAGGAGGUAAUACUAUUGCCCCUGGUAUUCAUAUUGGACAAGUACUCGAAUCCAAGGUAAAAUUAAUGGAUUUUAAUAGGAAAUUGCAACUUCAUGUAAAUAAGUCCAAGAAGGUUACCAGUAUUGAUAUAUUACAUGGAAUGCAAAACACUCUAGAAAAAGCAAAGAUAGAUUAA